UAAUUAUAUUUGACAAACAAUAAAGAAAAAAAAUGAUAUCAAUUUACUGAUAUUGAUGGGGAGCAGUGGUGUAAGCAACCAAACAAAAGAGAAGCCGCCAUGGUUAGGGAUAUCGGAACCCAUCUCAUUGAGUGGACCAAGUCAAUAUGAUGUCGCCAAGACUCGAGAACUCGAGAAGUACUUGCAAGAAGCCGGUUUCUAUGAGAAUCAAGAGGAAGCAAUUAAUAUGGAGGAAGUGCUAGGCAGACUAGAUCAGAUUGUGAAGAUUUGGGUCAAAACCAUUAGCCGUGCGAAGGGAUUUAACGAACAAAUGGUGCAAGAAGCAAAUGCCAAAAUAUUUACUUUUGGGUCAUAUCGGUUAGGGGUGCAUGGCCCUGGAGCAGAUAUAGACACUCUUUGUGUGGGACCUAGACAUGCAACCAGAGAUGAAGAUUUCUUUGGUGAGCUACAUAAAAUGCUAUUUGAGAUGCCAGAAGUGAGUGAGAUGCACCCUGUGCCUGAUGCUCACGUUCCAGUGAUGAAUUUCAAGUUCAAUGGCAUCUCUAUAGAUCUCCUUUAUGCAAAUUUAUCUCUGUGGGUUAUUCCUGAAGACUUGGAUAUAUCACAGGAAGCAAUAUUACAAAAUGUAGACGAACAAAGUGUUCGCAGUCUUAAUGGUUGUAGAGUGACUGAUCAAAUCUUGCGUUUGGUUCCAAAUAUUCAGAAUUUUCGUACCACACUGAGAUGCAUGAAGUUAUGGGCUAAGCGUCGUGGCAUUUAUUCAAAUGUUGCAGGUUUUCUCGGUGGUGUAAACUGGGCAUUGCUUGUUGCUCGAAUCUGCCAGCUAUUUCCAAAUGCACUGCCUAAUAUGUUGGUGUCUCGAUUCUUUAGGGUAUAUACUCAGUGGCGUUGGCCAAACCCAGUUAUGCUAUGUGUUAUUGAAAAAGGAUCUCUUGGAUAUCAAGUUUGGGAUCCUAGAUGGAAUCCCAAGGAUAAAUUGCAUCUCAUGCCCAUUAUUACUCCUGCCUAUCCUUGCAUGAAUUCUAGCUACAAUGUGUCCUCAAGCACCUUGUGUGUUAUGACCGAGGAGUUUCAAAGAGGAGAUCAAAUAUGUGAGGCUAUGGAGGCUAACAAGGCUGAUUGGGACACUCUUUUUGAGUUCUAUCCCUUUUUUGAAGCUUAUAAGAAUUAUUUGCAGAUAGACAUUUCAGCUGACAAUGCUGAUGAUCUUAGAAAUUGGAAAGGAUGGGUUAAGUCUCGCUUGCGUCAGUUGACAUUGAAGAUUGAGAGGCACACUUACGGGAUGCUUCAGUGUCAUCCAAAUCCUGAUGAGUUUUCAGACAAAUCUAGACCUCUACACUGCUCUUACUUCAUGGGUUUGCACCGUAAGCAAGGAGUUCCUGUCAGCGAAGGCGAACAAUUUGACAUAAGACUAACUGUUGAAGAAUUUAAGCAUUCUGUCAAUCUGUACACUCUGUGGAAACCUAGAAUGGAUAUCUCCGUCUCCCAUGUGAAACGCCAUAAUAUACCUGCCUUUGUAUUUCCUGGUGGCGUUCGGCCUAACCGCCCAUCCAAAGUAACCUGGAAGAGUAAGCUUAGGACUUCCGGCCAUGAUGAUAGGAAGAGAAAGCAAGCAGAGGAUAGUGUGGAUGACUUUACCAAUUCCAAGCCCUUUUCAUCUUUGCCUCCCUCCAGCAGGGCAGUUCAUGAAGAUGGAAAUCCGGUCAGCAUUGCUAGUUCUUGCUCUGUGAAAUGUGAUGACAAAGAAGUCAACAGCAUGAGUGAACAAAAGAGUGAGAAACCUGAUUUUAAUUCAUCAGGGGAGAAUCCUUCUGGGGAUAGAGAGACCAAUGGAUCAGAGAAAUGCAACUCACAAUCAAACCCUGAGACUGUAGUAGCAGCAGAACCAGUGUUUUCUCAAAAGGAAAAUAGUAGUUCAACUCUUAUAUACUCUAAUGAGGGCUUGGAGGAGCUUGAGCCCGCUGAGCUGACAGCGCCAUUGUUAAGUGUGAAUCCUGCACCAGUGCCACAGCGGAAGCCCCUUAUUAGGUUGAAUUUCACAUCCCUGGGGAAAGCUGCUGACAAAAGUUCUUAAGACCCAUGAAAACUUUAGCUGCUUAAAAGCUGGGAUGUAAAUGCUUUUUAUAGGUCCUCUUUUUCCUAUGUGCAAUAAUGUUGAUAUUGCAAAUAAACAGUUAGAAGAACCUAGCGCCAUCCAUUUUCACUUUUUUGCAGCAUGAAAAACUGAUGAUAAUUUAAUAAGCGUCAUGCAAAUAAACUGUUGAUGUUUAACAUUUAUCCUCGACAAUAUUUUGAUAAUUUAAGGAACUAGAAAAAAUGAUGUUCUUAGACA